ACAGAUAAUAACUCUUAUCUAAUAAAUUACGAUAAUUAACACCCGUUUGUUCUCACUCUAUAAACUCUAAGAUUCUCCACAUAACCAAAUCAUCCAAGCAUCAAAGUGAAAAGAAGCAAGACCAAUAAAAGAAAGAAAGAUAUAAGAUUUGAUUAGAGAGAUGGAAAGCAAAGCAAGAGUUAUGGCCUCCUUAGUCCUAGUUGUAGUCGUAUGUGCCUUGGUUUUGAUCACUCCAGGAGUAGUAGCUCAUGAUCAGAAACCACCUCAACCAAAAUCUCCACCGAGUUCUCCUAUCGAUUUAGAGAAAUGUUGGUCAUCUCUCUUCAACGUCAAUGGAUGCGUCCUCGAGCUCUUCAAAUCAGUUUUCAGUGGCAAAUUUGGAAAUGUUGGAGUAGCGUGUUGCAAGGCAUAUUCGGCAAUUGAUGCCAACUGUUGGCCUCAUAUGUUUCCAUUGAACCCGUUCUUCCCACCUCUUCUUAAAGACAAUUGCGCACACAUCGUUCCCAAUUUGCCCGCACACAAGUGAAAAUCGAAAAGAAGAAAGUGGACCAUCAUUAGCUUAAAAAUUAAUAUUUGUAUUCAUGUUCUAAGUCUUAUUAUGUCAUGUCAACCCCAAUACUUUUUUAUAUAUAGAAUCUAUUGAUUGAGCUAGCUUUUACUUGGACAACUAAACUCUAUCUUGAACCUACAAACUUCGAUUACCAUAAUAAAAAUAAAGUAAACCUAAAAAAGUGAAAAUUAUACUUUGCAGCAUUGAAGUUUAUAACCAACGUACAUGUGAUGGGGGAAGUUUGUGAAGUUAAUUAGAGGCCAAUUCAUACGAAUUUACGUUUGAAUUAAUCUGCAUUUGUAAUUGUAUCUAGUUAUCACUAGAGACAGUAAUAAAAUUAGGUUUUUUUCGUACUAUUGACAUUAUCAUUAGUUACCGUGAAAAAUAUUUUUUCGCAUUUUUCCUUACCUUACGAUCGACGAU